ACGCAGCGGGCUGUAGGGACCGGAAGGACCGGUGCGAGCGGGAUGGCUGCAGACAAGGGGGCUGGAGGCGCUGAAGCCGUGGAGCGGGUUCUACCCGUGUUGUUGGUGCCGGUCCCCGCCGAGGCAACAGGGCGUCUGGGAUCCCGGGCGCAGUUGCACAGGGAGCAGGAGGUUCUGGGGAGCUUGACGGCUGCAGGCAGCCUUCACGUGCUUCCCUUGGCGCCCGGCGGCCGGGGCGGGGGCGGCUGCCGCCUGGAAGGCCCUUUUCGGCAGUUUGUAUGGGAGGACUCUCAUAACAGUGGGACACCAACAGACAAGCCCAGACUGCUUGCUCUUAGUGAAAAUAAUGCACUGCUCAUCUGUGAAUUUAGUUUGAAAGAUGGAAGAUGUGAUGCAACCAUUUCAUAUAGCUAUACUGAGGAGACAUUGCAAAAGCUCGUUGAAGAUCAAAUUAUCAGUAUUUCCUUAUUAUCUUUGAGAAUUCUGUCAUUUCACAGUAACACAUCAUUAUUGUUCAUCAAUGAAUAUAUCAUCCUGCGCAUUAUAUUUCCUGAAAGAGAUGCUGAGAUUAGGGUACUCAGCUGUUUCACAUUAUCCUUACCUGCACAGGCAGUGGACAGGAUUAUUGACACACAGCUCUGCAGAGGAAUUCUUUUUGUUUUGAGUCGUUUAGGCUGGAUCUACAUUUUUGACACUGUGGAUGGUAGACAUGUAGCUCAUGUGGAUUUGGCACUUCCUCAAGAAGAUAUGUAUAAUGAGCAGCAACAAGAGCCAGCCAAGAGUUCUUCCUUUACUUCAUUGAAAGUGUCUCAAGACCUAGAUGUUGUAGUGAUUGUCAGCUCCUCCAACACUGCAAUUGCUCUUAACUUAAAUUUGUAUUUCAGGCAAUACCCAGGACACCUACUAUGUGAAAGAACACUAGAAGACAUUCCUAUUGAAGGCCCUAAGGGGAUAGAUGAAGAUGAUCCUGUUAAUUCUGACUACAACAUGAAACUGACCAAGUUUUCCUUCCAAGUUGAUCGGUACAGAAAUCUCCUUUUUGGAUUUACUUUAUUAUUUCCAUUUUUUGUCAUGCUGACACUGUACCUUUUCACUAAGUCUUUACAGAGGUCUUGGAAAGCCCACCUGUCAUCACUGAAUGAAACAAUAAAGAACUCCAAGCUGGAAGGUACCUGUUGUGCUCUGUGGUUCCAGGAUAUUUUGCAUUUGGAGCCUCCUGAAUCUGGUAACCACAGUACCAGUGUGCCAAACUGGGCCUUCACUCCACAGGAUGUAAUGUGCAGCCAGUAUAGUUUUCCACAGAAAGGUCCUGCCAAGACCAGUGAUUCAGGAAGAUCAUGGAAAAGAAUACACAUCAGUGAACAGGAGGAACCCCUUGAGCUUACAUGUAUGUCUGUGACAGGCUUCACUGCGCUGUUUACUUGGGCAGUUGAAAGGACGGGCUGUACCAUUGUCCUGUGGGAUUUGGAGACCCAGAGCAUGCAGCGUUUUUCGCUGGGCAAGAAGUGUAUUCCUGUAGACAGUGGUGGAGACCAGCAACUGUGCCUUGUUUUGACAGAAGAUGGACUCUCUCUGAUUUUGUUUGGUUUGACUCAAGAGGAAUUUUUAAAUAGGCUAAUGAUCCAUGGAAGUGCCAGCACUGUGGACUCUCUUUGCCAUCUCAAUGGUUGGGGGAGGUGCUCCAUCCCCAUACAUGCGCUAGAGGCAGGAAUAGAAAAUCGUCAGCUGGACACAGUAGAUUUCUUUUUGAAGAGCAAGGAAAAUCUUUUGAGUCCAUCCUCAAAAUCUUCUGUACCUGAUCAGUUUGAUCACUUUCCAUCCCAUUUAUAUUUAAAACAUGUGGAAGAGCUGACACCAGCAUUGGAUUUACUUUGCUCAGCAAUUAGAGAAAAUGAUUCUGAAACCCAGAGCAAACACUUUUCGGAACAGUUGCUUAAUCUUACACUGUCUUUCCUUAACAAACAAAUAAAGGAGCUUUUUAUUCACAAUGAAGGGCUAGAUGAACAUCUACAGAAAGGAGUGAACAUUUUGACCAGCUACAUUAAUGAACUUCGAACCUUCAUGAUAAAGUUUCCUUGGAAGCUAACAGAUGCUAUAGAUGAAUAUGAUGUAAAUGAAAAUGUCCCCAAAGUAAAGGAGAGCAAUAUAUGGGAGAAGCUCAGCAUUGAGGAAGUUAUUGCCAAUGCCAUUUUAAACAACAAAAUACCAGAGGCACAAACUUUCUUCAGGAUUAACAGUCAUUCUGCUCAAAGACUCGAGGAGUUGAUUAGAAUAGGCCUAGAUUUGGUCUUUGACAAUUUGAAAAAGAAUAAUAUAAAGGAAGCCUCUGAGCUUUUGAAGAAUAUGGGCUUUAAUGUAAAAGACCAGUUGCUCAAGAUAUGCUUCUAUACAACUGAUAAAAACAUACGGGACUUUUUGGUUGAAAUUUUAAAAGAAAAAAAUUAUUUUUCUGAAAAAGAAAAAAGAACUAUAGACUUCGUGCAUCAAGUUGAGAAGUUUUAUUCAGGACAUUUCCAAGAAAAUAUGCAGAUCCAGUCUUUUCCCAGGUAUUCGAUAAAGGAACAAGAUUUUUUCAAGCACAAGUCUGUUUUGGACUCAUUCCUGAAAUAUGAUCAUAAAGAUACAGAUAAACUUAACAAGCAAGAUCACAGAAUUGUGUUAACUUGGGCUCAGUGGUGGAAUCAACUAACACAAGAAUCCAUCCUUCUCCCCAGGAUAAGUCCAGAAGAAUACAAAUCAUAUUCUCCCGAAGCCCUCUGGAGAUACCUCACAGCUCGCCAUGAUUGGUUCAGCAUUACCUUGUGGAUUGGAGAAUUUCAGACCCAGAAUAGAUUUGCCUCACUUCAGCAGAACAAAUGGCCCCCUCUGACUGUGGACGUUGUUGAUCAGAAUACUCGCUGCAACAACUACAUGAGGAAUGAAAUUUUAGAUACGCUGGCCAGGAAUGGACUUUUUCUUACAUCUGAACUAGAAGACUUUGAACUCUUUCUCAAAAGACUGAACCGUAUUGGGGGCGUGAUGCAAGAUACCCUCCCUGUUCAAAACUAUAGGUCCAAAGAUGGUUGGGAUUUCCAUUGUCACUUCAUUCUCUAUUGUUUGGAACACAGUCUGCAGUAUCUUCUUUAUGUCUUUCUUGACUAUUACAAACUUAGUCCUCCAAAUUGUCCCUUUUUGGAAAAAAAAGAAUUACAUGAAGCUCACCCUUGGUUUGAAUUUUUAGUCCAGUGUCGACAAGUUUCCAGUAAUUUAACAGAUCCCAAACUGAUCUUCCAGGCUAGCCUUGCAAAUGCUCAGAUACUGAUUCCCAGCAACCAGGCCAGUGUAAGCAGUAUGCUAUUGGAAGGACAUACCCUCCUGGCCCUUGCUACCACAAUGUAUGCCCCUGGGGGCGUCAGCCAGGUUGUUCAGAAUGAAGAAAAUGAGAACUGUGUGAAGAAAGUAGAUCCCCAGCUACUGAAGAUGGCAUUAACUCCGUACCCCAAGCUUAAAACUGCUCUCUUCCCACAGUACACUGCCCCUAGUGUCCUGCCACCAGAUAUUACACUCUACCACCUGAUUCAGUCAUUAUUGCCCUUUGAUCCUAGCAGAUUGUUUGGCUGGCAGUCUGCCAACACACUGACUAUAGGAGAUGCAGCGAGUCAGCUCCCACAUUUCUCUAGCCCUGACCUGGUUAAUAAAUAUGCUAUAGUAGAACGUCUGAAUUUUGCUUAUUAUUUACAUCAUGGACGACCAUCGUUUGCGUUUGGUACUUUUCUGGUUCAGGAAUUAACCAAGAGCAAGACCCCCAAGCAGCUAAUCCAGCAAGUAGGCAAUGAAGCCUAUGUUUUAGGGCUCUCCUCCUUCCACAUACCAUCAAUAGGAGCUGCCUGUGUUUGUUUCUUAGAACUGCUUGGCCUCGACAGCCUCAUGCUCAGAGUUGAUAUGAAAGUGGCCAAUAUAAUUUUGAGCUACACGUGUAGAAAUGAAGAUGCUCAGUACAACUUUAUCAGAGAGUCUCUAGGUACAGCACCUUUAUGUCAUUUGUUGAGAGGACAAGGGACAAAUAGGUCUAAGGCAUUGAAUUCUGAAAAACUAUCUAAACUGGCUAUGGGUGAAAAGUCAACCAUAGAAGAAUUGCUUGUUCUCUUAGAAGAAGGUAUAUGGGACAGCAUUCAGCAGCAGGAAAUAAAGAGGUUAUCCAGUGAAUCCAGCAGCCAGUGGGCAUUAGUGGUACAAUUCUGCAGGCUCCACAAUCUGAAACUGAGCACAUCUUACCUUAGAGAAUGUGCCAAAGCAAAUGAUUGGUUACAGUUUAUUAUUCACAGCCAACUCCAUAAUUACCACCCAGAGGAGGUGAAAUCUCUUCUCCAAUAUUUCAGCCCUGUUCUUCAAGACCACUUAAGACUGGCUUUUGAGAACUUGCCCUCAGUGUCCAAGUCUAGAAUGGACAGUGAUCAAGUCUGCAACAAGUCCCCGCAGGAACUGCAAAGAAACAAAGUAGAGAUGACCGAUUUCUUUGAAAUUCUGCUUCAGUGCUCAGAGGUGCCAAACUCCUGGUGCUGGCUCCUGGCAGAAGCAGUGAAACAACAGGCCCCAAUCCUUAGUGUCCUGGCCUCAUGUGUCCAGGACGCCAGUGCUAUUCCUUGCCUCUGUGUUUGGAUCAUCACUUCUGUGGAGCACAGUGUUGCAGCUGAAGCAAUGGGACACAUUCAGGACUCAAUGGAGGGCCAUACUUGGGACCUUGAGGACCUCUCAGUCAUCUGGAGGACAUUAUUAACACGGCAGAAGAGCAAAACUCUCAUCAGAGGUUUCCAGCUUUUCUUUAAGGAGUCCCCAUUACUCUUCAUGAUGGAGAUGUAUGAACUGUGUAUGUUCUUCAAGAAUUAUGAGGAAGCCGAAGCUAAACUUCUGGAGUUCCAGAAGAGCCUUGAAACUCUUGAAACGGCUGCCACAAGGGUCCACGCUAUCAUUCCUGCCCCAUGGCUGAAGGAGCAUGUGUAUUUUCUUUUGAAGCUUAUGCUGCAGCAGUGUAGGACCCAGUAUGAGCUGGGGAAGCUUUUACAGCUGUUUGUUGGAAGAGAGCAUCUCUUCUCUGAUGGUAAGACAAUACUUACAGGUCCAGAUGUGAAGAAGCUGUGUGUCCUUAGCCAAAUUUUGAAGGAUACAUCCAUAGCCAUUAAUCGUGUAAUUAUUACCAGCUACAGCCUUGAGAAUUUUCAGCAUGAAUGUAGAUCAAUUUUAGAAAAACUGGAGACAGAUGGAUACUUUGCUUUGGCCAGAAGGGUAGCAGAACUAGCUGAGCUACCUGUGGACAACUUGAUUAUUGAAGAGAUAACACAGGAAAUGCAGACCUUAAAACACAUUGACCAGUGGUCCCUGAAACAAGCAAGAAUUGAUUUCUGGAAAAAAUGUCAUGAGAAUUUUAAGAAAAAUUCCAUUUCAAGCAAAGCAGCUUCUUCCUUUUUCUCAGCCCAGGCUCUUACGGCAUGUGAGUGCCCAGCUGAAGAGGGACCAAGCAGCACUGAGGAGCGCCAUCUGCUCCUCACUCUGGCAGGACACUGGCUUGCCCAGGAGGACCUGGUGCCUUUGGAGGAGCUGGAGGAGCUAGAGAAGCAGAUCUGGCUCUGCCGCAUCACCCAGCACACCCUCAGGGGAAGCCAGGAGGAAAUAGGCCCCGGAUGUUCUCAACAGAUUUCAACUAGUGGUGAACUUUCCUUUGAAAGCUUAGCCAGUGAGUUUUCAUUCUCUAAGUUGGCUGCUCUGAACACAUCAAAAUACUUAGAAUUGAAUGGCCUUCCGUCCAAAGACACUUGUGAGAACAAACUGAACUGGAAGGAGCAGGAGUCCCUACACUUUUUGAUUGGGCGCCUAUUGGAUGAUGGCUGUGUGCAUGAAGCAAGUAGAGUGUGCCGAUAUUUUCAUUUCUGUAACCAAGAUGUUGCCUUGGUGUUGCAUUGCAGAGCACUAGCUUCAGGGGAAGCUAGUGUGGAUGACCUGCACCCGGACAUCCAUGCUCUCUUACAAAGUCCUGAGCUGCUUGAGGAAGAAGAAGAACCUGGCGUUCCUCUAAGGAAAGUCCAAAGCACUUCAAGUUUGGACAGUCAGUCAUUUGUGAUACUGCCCCCCAGUGGUGAAGUGGUGACUACUCUGGAAACUCUGACAAGCAAAUGCCUCCAUGGGAAGAAUUAUUGUCGGCAGGUCCUCUGUCUCUAUGCACUUGCCAAGGAGUUGGGCUGUUCCUACACAGAUGUCGCUGCCCAGGAUGGUGAGGCCAUUCUCCGGGUAAUCUUGGCCUCUCAGCAGCCUGACCGAUGCAAGCGAGCUCAAGCCUUCAUCAGCACCCAGGGCCUCGAGCCAGACACAGUGGCUGAACUUGUGGCUGAAGAGGUGACCCGGGAGCUGCUGACCCCAUCAGAGGGAACAGGACAUAAGCAGACGUUCACCCCAACAGAGGAAAGCCAGACGUUUCUUCAGCUGACUGCUCUGUGUCAAGACCGCACCUUGGUAGGCAUGAAGUUGUUGGAUAAGAUUUCCUCCGUUCCCCAUGGGGACUUGUCUUGCACCACAGAGCUGCUGAUCCUGGCUCAUCACUGCUUCACACUGACAUGCCACAUGGAGGGCAUCAUCCGAGUCCUGCAGGCCGCCCGGCUGCUCACAGACAACCACUUGGCCCCCAGUGAGGAGUACGGACUGGUGGUGCGACUCCUCACUGGCAUUGGAAGGUACAAUGAGAUGACAUACAUAUUUGAUUUGCUGCAUAAAAAACACUACUUUGAAGUGCUGAUGAGGAAGAAAUUGGACCCGAGUGGUACCCUGAAGACGGCCCUACUGGACUACAUCAAACGCUGCCGCCCUGGGGACAGUGAGAAGCACAACAUGAUUGCCCUGUGUUUCAGCAUGUGCCGGGAGAUUGGGGAGAACCAUGAGGCAGCUGCCUGCAUCCAACUGAAAUUGAUUGAGUCUCAGCCCUGGGAGGACAGCCUCAAGGAUGGGCACCAACUGAAGCAGCUGCUGCUGAAGGCCCUGACUCUGAUGCUGGAUGCAGCAGAGAGUUAUGCCAAGGACUCCUGCGUGCGACAGGCCCUGCACUGUCACCGGCUCACCAAGUUGAUAACACUGCAGAUUCACUUUCUGAACACCGGCCAGAACACAAUGCUCAUCAACCUGGGCCGCCACAGGCUGAUGGACUGUAUCAUGGCCCUACCUCGGUUCUACCAGGCUUCUAUUGUGGCUGAGGCCUAUGACUUUGUUCCUGAUUGGGCUGAAAUUUUAUACCAACAAGUGAUUCUUAAAGGAGACUUUAAUUACCUGGAAGAAUUUAAGCAGCAAAGGUUAUUAAGAUCCAGUAUAUUUGAAGAAAUUUCAAUAAAAUGUAAACAUCAUCAGCCUACUGACUUAGCUGUGAAAAACCUGAAGAAGUUACUCACAUAUUGUGAAGACGUCUACUUGUAUUACAAGCUGGCAUACGAACACAAAUUUUAUGACGUUGUAAAUGUGCUUCUGAAGGACCCUCAGACAGGUUGCUGUCUAAAGGACAUGCUAGCAGGUUAGCUGGAUUCAGAUGACAUGAGGAUGGUUACUGCCAAAAAUUCAUACAUGCCUGUUUUCUUAUACUGAAAUGAGGUACUGACAGAUGUUUGUGGUCAGACUAUAGAAAUGCCAUGUAAAACCCCAGGACUGACCAUACCAGUCCUUUGUGAAUAGUGGGUGAAGAAGGAGUAUUUUCACAAGGAAAUUCCUAUUUGAAAAUAAUUAUUCAUCUAUACCAUUUUAUAUAGAUAUUGGUAUUAAGAUCAAAAGUCCAUCUUCCUCAGGAUAGCUUCUACUUUAGGAGAUGAUACAAUAUUUAGUAAAGAAUGCCUGUGCCUGCAGAUUCCAGUUUCAAAGGAAUUUAAUAUUAUUUACACAGUUAAGGAACAGAUGAUACAUUUCCAUUUAUUAGAAACUGAUCUCUAUAAUAAAAUAGAUUUUAAAUUCA